CUGAUUUUGGUGUCUCGGCGCUAUGCAAAGACGCCCGCGAAGUACGAUCAACAUUUAUUGGGACACCAUAUUGGAUGGCCCCGGAAGUGAUGCUCUGCGAAACAUUUCCUGAGAAACAUUACAAUAAAUUGGCAGAUAUUUGGAGUUUUGGAAUAACGCUAAUUGAAAUGGCCGAAGAAAAACCACCUUAUGCUGAAAUGAAUCCUGCAAAAGUUGUCUUCAAGGUUAUUAAAGCGGAUCCUCCGACUCUGGAGCGUCCUCAAAAAUGGUCUGCAAAUUUUCGCAACGUUGUCGCUCAAUGUUUAACAAAAGAUCCGGACAAUAGGCCAACAGCUGCCGAUGUGCUCAUGUGUGUGCGAUCGUUGAUCAGUGAAAUGAACGCAGAGCAGGUCACAACGGAAGUAGUGAUGGGUAGCGAUGAUGACGGGUUAUUCGAUGACGAAGAUGAUGAUGAUACAGCCACGGUCAGUAGCGUGGCGACAAACAGUGAGGCUCGCCAAGAUGAUAUAGGUAGCAAACAGCAGCCGCCAGAACCACAGCUACAGCCAGAUGUUUCUGCUAUACAGCAGCAGAAGAAAGCGCCUCGACAGCCGGCACCGAUUCCGCCAAUCGAACUGGUACCAACAACUGUAAAUACGGGCACAACAACAGUGGUUGAAUUGAUACCUACCAGAGAGAUCAGUGCUGUUAUCGGAACCGAAACUCAUGUUUUACGUGCCAAAAGAGAACGUGCACCAAGUUUACCUUCAGAAGCUACGGAGGCAAACGCGAAAGCUGAGAAAAAUACGAUAGCAGUAGUGGAGAUAAAUGCUGCUGAAGAACUGGAAUCGCCAGCAUCUCCCGGAAGUCCUGGAAGUUCUACGAUGGGUUACACUAUUGCUACUGGAGCAAGACAUCGUGCGGCUGUGGAGGAUGCCCUCAAUGAGCCGUCGCCACUGCCUUCUCUAGCGCCAUCGCCUGGUUUUUUCCCAUCCGAACGUUCCGAUCCCACACAGCCGCUGCGACAAGAUGCUAUCACGGUUACCAAUAUUGCAGAGGGAGGGACGAAACCCGGCACGGUAUUUGAUUCGAGGUUCACGGUCGAUGGCGGUGUGCAGCUGUUGAGACAAACUAAAAUUGACGGUAGGCUUUUUUUCUUGAGUAGUAUUAUUUUAACUGCUCAGCAAAUUUAA